UCUCACUUGAAUAUUUUGCAUCUUUGCAAUGAUGGGACCCCAAGAGAGUGCAUAGCAGAAUAACACAUCGUCCACAACCAUCAUCAUCAUCAUCAUAGCUAUUAAAAUCUUCACAAACCAGCAAAAUCUCUUCACACUUCACCUUUCCCUCCCUCCCUCUUCCAAAAAAUAUCCUCUCUUUGAUUUUUUUUUUUCCCUUUCUCUUUUUUUUUUUCUAAGCUAUGGCUGAGAACUUGGACGACGGAGAGUUUUGGCUGCCGCCACAGUUCCUCGCCGACGAGGACAUGACGGCUACACCCUUUAAGCCAAAGGACUCACCUUGGAACCGCAAUAACUGUGACGACGCCGUUUUGUUUCCUUCGGAGUUCCCUUAUUCUUCUAACCUCAGUUCCCCCGUUGAGUCCCUCGGUGGUGGCUCCAGCGAGACUGAGAGCGACGAGGAGGAGCAACUCGUUGCCGAGUUGACUCGCCGAGUCGCUCGCUCCACCCUCCAAACUGAUUUCAAAACCUCUGACAAUUCCAUGGGUCGUUUCGUGACUGGUUCGCCUCAGUCCACACUGUGUGCGUUCGGGAGUGGUUGUGGUUGCCGCAAAGGCUCGAGCGAAGGUAGCCCCAACGGUGUUUGCAAGUUGUGCUCGGCGAGGGCUACAUGGGAUCUGCUACAUGCGGCUGUAGGGGAAGUGGAGAGGAUGAGGUUGAACCAAGAAGCUUAUGGUUUCAACCAUCACAAUCACAAUAGACUAUUGGUUCCUCAAAGAAAGCCCUCUCCUGUCACUCUACCCUCCAAUAACAACACCACCACCAAUCUUGAUGUGGGCUUUUACAAUACCCAACAGUCACUUUCCCACCAGCAAUUGCAGAUAGCACAAUUUCAGAUGCUGAGGCAGCAACAAAUGGAAAAGCAACAGAAUUCGGUGUGGGGUGUGCAGAAGCUUGGUGGUGAUGUUUACCAACAGAGGCAAAACAAUCAAAUGGUUUCAAAUAGAGGCAGAAACAUUGAUGGUGGAGGCAGAAACACCAGGCCUCUGGGUUUGUCUCAAUCUGCAUGGCCUCCUUUGCAACAUGCCAAGCAGCAGAAUCAGCAAUAUGGGUCUGGCAUGAGAGCUGUUUUUCUUGGAAACCCUUCAGGUAGAAGGGAAUGUGCUGGCACUGGGGUGUUCUUGCCCCGUCGAAUUGAUAGUCCUGCUGAAUCCCGAAAGAAGCCAGCGUGUUCAACUGUGUUGGUUCCAGCUAGAGUGGCGCAGGCCCUAAAUCUAAAGCUUGAUGACAGGGUGGGGGGCCAUCCACAACACUUGCAUCGUUUUAAUGUCAGUUCGAACAUGGAAAAUGCAGUAGCAGCUGUUCCCAGGCAUAGGAGUAAUGAUGUCUUUUCUGAACAGAAGCGCAACCUCAGACCUCAGCCAACAGUGAACCAUGAGAUCCGGUUGCCACAGGAGUGGACAUACUGAUAUUAAAUUUUCUUUAGGAGAGGAAUAGUUUUUUGGUUGGGAAAAUAGUUAUAGGAGUUUGAACUUGUAGGAGAAGGAACUUGAGAAGAAUAGUUUUAUACAAAGAAAUAGGUUUUUGUUGGGAAUGGUAAAAAAAUGAAGUAAAUGAGAAAAAAAAUGCCUUGGUUGAAGAGGUGGGUAAACAAAAGAUAUCUUUUUUUGUUCUUGUUUUUGUUUUUGGGGUUUUGGCUAGUUGAGGUUCAGAAUAAUGUUUGGAGCCUCUGGAGAAAGCUAGCUAGCAGCAAUGCAGCAGAUCUGAAAUUUGCAGUGAUAUCAGUUACUUUUGUUCUUUUUGAUGGGCUUCGAAAGUCACAAGGAAAGACAAAACCGGUGGAUGGGUCAAUUUUUGCUUUUUCUUUUAUUUGGUGCUUUAGGGUAAUAAAAUAUGAGUUUUGGGAAGCCUAUGUAGCAAUUAGGAAGGGCUGAACCAGAUUUACUAUAGAGGGAUUGUAGCUCUUAUCAAUUGUUGAAUCACAAUGGAAUCAUUUUUGGGGAAUUAUUGUCAGUAAAAUCUGAUUCCAACCUGUCCACCUAAAUUACUAUUAAUAAUAAU